AUGGGAAACUAAUAACAAACAAGUGGCUGCUGUGGGUUUUUCGGGAAAAUUGAUAAUCAUGAGUUGUGCUCCCCUGAGAAAAGAAUAAUCCAAAACUAAAAAUCCCCAAAAAGGAAUAAGCACAGAAAUGGUGAUGACAUUCAAGACUAGGAAAAUAUCGAUCCUAAUCAGAAAUAUCUGAAUUAACAUGCUGGAGCUGCAUUAUAAUCAAAUAAAUAUGCGCUUAAUGUAAAUAAUAACAUCACAGGCGAUAAUCAGUUUGAGGGUGAAAUGCAUAUUACCACCAGGAAAGAUAACGACCUUCUGGUUAAGCAUAUCAGAACUACUUCCAUGUUAAGUAAAAGUGAGUACAAUUUUACCAGAGUAAGGGAAUUAGCUAAAAUAGUAGAUUAAGCCCCCAAGCUUAACAUUAAAGUUCUGAGUUCUGGACCACUUAAAGGCCAUAUCCUCAAAAUAAAUGCCUAAGGACUUGAGUCCAGUGAGAGAAGCCAAAAGGAUGGAUUUGUAUAUUUUGGAAGCAAAAAGAGAAGUGGGAAGAGAGACUAAUACAAAUCAGAGAUCAUAAAUGACUUUAUUAUACCUUCGAAGGAUAAGGAAACUGAAAGAAGACACAGGGGAAGACAUCUGCAGAUUGAAUAUAAUAUGGACAAGAAUAUAUAUUAAAUCAAGGAUCUAGGUAUUGGGUUCGGGGCUUUCGUUAGAGUUGACUUUCCCCUAGAGCUUAAAGAGAAUCAAUUACUCAAUAUGGGAGAUUCCUUCAUAAUAGUUAACCUUGUAAAUGAUAGAUUAAAUAUUGGUAACAACAGCUUGAGUACUCACGAAUCUAAACUAAAUAAUGAAAGUGGCAUGAAAUUAAGAUUAAAGUUAUUUGGUGGUCCUUCUACUGGUGAAGUAUUCUACUUCUACCCCGAGAGAGAUGUAGAAGAUUAAGUUAUUAAGAUAGGCAGGUCUAAGGAAUGCGAUGUGAUGAUUGAAGAUCAAGUCCUCUCAAAGUUCUAAUCUCAUAUAUCUUUCGACAAGACCAAGUAAUGCUGGUAUCUAAGAGAUGGCUAUAACAAUAAAAAUUCACUUAACGGUACUUGGCUGUACCUUAAUGAUGAUUUCGAAGUGUAUGAUGGCAUGACAUUCAAAGCUAAUCAGACUUUGUUCCAAGCUUUCUUUCUUAAUUGA